AUGGCUGCCGAAGUCGAUGAUGAGUUGAAGUUGAUGCGCGCCUCGGCAGGACUCCUGUCAGAUCUCCAUGUUGCGAUCCAAAAAUUGCUCUGGAAACGGGGAGACAAGCGCGUCCACCAUCUUGUUCGUUUACGCGACCUCGACCAUGUCAUUCAGUUGGUCGAGCCGUUCCAAGGGGAACCGCAGCUGCUUGACGCUCAUCUCAAAUCCUUGGUGCCUCCCAUCGUCGAAGCGUAUCUGGCUUUCCUACAGAUUUCACAAGCCAAGUCUCCUUCAUCUGUCACAGUUUCCCUGGAUGUCGCCGCCAGCAAGCUACUCUACACUUUCUGCAAGGUCCGAGGAGAAAAGAUAAUCAUCGGCUUCCUCAACAACGAACCUAGAUAUCUUGAACUCAUAUUGACUAAUCUGGAGAACUCCAAGAUCCUGAGUGCGAACUCUGAUACUGCCUGGGAAAAGUCUUAUGUCUCACUUCUAUGGCUGACUCACUUGAUGCUCGUACCGUUUGACCUCAGGACAAUAUCGGGAACUGCUCGGCUUCCGGAGACUCACGAGCACAUGUCUUUACAGCCAGAAGUCCCAUCGAUCGCACGACGCGUAAUUGCAUUGGGUGUUCACUACCUCACAAGUGCUACCCGAGAACAAGACGCUGCUGCAAAGAUGCUUGUACGUCUGGUUACAAGACCCGAUAUGCAAAGCCUGGAUCUUCCUGCUGCGAUAGUAUCUUGGGCAUUGACGAAGCUCCUGAAUCCUUCUGCUUCACCAAGCUCCAACCUGCACACCUUUUUAGGUCCACUUCGUUUCUUGGUAGGAAUGACAGCGUCGGUCGAUACUCCGGGCCUCGCCUCUCUCAUCCCGUCCAUGUACUCCGCUGGUCAAAGACUCAUGGACGAUGCGAUGCUUGCUUUCUUGAGCUCGUCCGCUGUCACCAAGAAACUUGUUGUAAAAUUGCUUCGUAACGUGGCUCUAUUGAGCUUACAGUCCUCAUUCGAUAGUCUUGUUGACUUUUUCGAGGUAACCAGUGUCUUAGAAGAGACAAUCGAAUACUGCCUGCAAUCCCUCGAAGACCGCGACACGCCGGUCAGGUUUGCCGCCAGCAAAGCACUGAGUAUGAUAGUUCUACGACUGGACUCUGGGAUGGGGCAUGAGGUCGUCCAGGCAGUUCUCGACAGCUUUAGAGAGGAUAUGCCUAAAUCUUCUGCAAAGCCUGAUUUUGGAGCUGCAAAUGCUCUGAGAUGGCAUGGUCUAACCUUGACACUGGCACACGCAUUAUUCAGGAGAUCGGCCUCGCCGCAACAACUUCCAGAGAUACUGAACGCUCUGCUGUUAGCACUCAGCUUCGAACAAAGAUCUGCCGUUGGCGUGAGUACUGGAAGCAAUGUACGUGAUGCCGCUUGUUUCGGUAUAUGGUCCUUGUCGCGACGAUACACCACCAAAGAACUCUUGUCAGCGGAUACAUCGCUCAUUGGAUUCGAUUUCUACCGAGAUGCUGCGUCUAUCAUCCAAGUCGUUGCUAUUCAACUUCUGCUUUCUGCUUGUUUGGACCCUUCCGGCAAUAUCAGAAGAGGGUCGUCGGCUGCCCUACAAGAGCUUAUUGGCAGGCAUCCUGACCAAGUCAGCAAUGGCAUAUCUCUUGUCCAGGUAGUCGACUAUCAUGCAGUUGGGCUUCGACAGCGCGCCAUGGUAGACGUUGCCCAGAAUGCUGCGAGCCUCGAUCCCAUGUAUCGAGAGGCUUUACUAGCUGCUCUUGGGAAGUGGAGAGGUCUUGGUUCUACUGAUGUUUCUUCUCGUGAGGCUGCGGCGGAGUCUGUUGGUCUACUCUGUGCACCUCAAUCCCCUCAGCAUGUCAGCAUCACACUUGCGAACCUGGAGCAGUGUCUCUAUGCGUUUCCCAGCUCCGAUUUAGAACAGUGUCAUGGUUCUUUGCUUGCGCUGUCGAGGAUAAUCGACACGAAGAUGCUCCAGCAGAACAAAAGCAGUGGCCCAAACUCGAACAUGGAAGACAUGUCGUUUCUGAUAUCAUUGUGGGAUCUGUUCAGCGAAGACAAGAGUCUUUAUAGAAACCAGACUUCGCGAGCCACACGUGCAGAGUUACCAUCCGCAGUAGCGAGACUCCUAGCUUCUCUGUCGGAGCUCUCUUUACUACGUGCGGCAGAACGUCUGGAUCUAUCAUCACGGACACUCAACUUGAGCCAGAUCGUAUCUCGGUUGAUCUCUUCUUCAGAAAGUUCCAUCUCACUAGUCCUACCGCGUCUGGUAAGAGCGCUCUCACUUUUGUGUCAAUCAGGUCAUACGACGACACCGAUCCUUAAUCUCUCGGAUUGUUUAAGCAAAAUCGCGCACGAUUCAAUGAGUAUGGUUUUGCAAAGAUCCGGGCGUGUUGUUGCUCUCGGAGCGGUAUUUCCAUGGUUGCAAGACAUAUACACUUGCGACCAAAUCGCAGCUUUCAGUCUUCUCUCCAACAUGAUCCGGACAGCCCCACUUAUCGAAUGGCGUAUCGUUGCUUUGCAUGCCAUGGACUUGAUAAUACAAGCAGGUGCCAUUGGUACUGAUGUACUACCAGAACUGAUCUCUGCGCUUGACGCCGGUCUUAAUGAUUACACGAUCACUGAAAGGGGAGACGUUGGAUCUUUGGUGCGAACACAGGCUAUCCAGUGUGUUCAAAGCAUGUGGGAACCAGGCCAACCACAACUUCAACCUGCAUCUAUGCGACUUCUAGAAGGCAAUGUUAUCCGUCUGGCUCUUGAGAAGAUGGACAGGGUACGAAAUCAAGCCGCUAGGUGUCUCGCACAAAUCUCUGGAUCGAGAAGUGCUUUUGACAUGGAUGUGACGAGUUACCAAUACUUCUCGAACUUGUUUGCGCCUCUCAACGAGAAUCCGCCUGUCUGGAAACGAGAUGCAAUCUUAAAAGGAAGUAUAUCAUGUGCCGGUGUGGGCGCAGAGGGAUUGCUACGAGCCUCCCGUAUGGCUUUGGUCGACACGAUAUCGCGAGGAAGUAUCGAUAUGAGAUCUGACUGUUUGUCCGCAUUGACCGGCUUCUUGAGAGAAAUGAUAGCCAAAGAGGCCGAGACUCAGGCUCUCAUGGAACUCAUUGCAUAUCUGCUCGACACUCUUCCUUCCAUCGUUCCUUCGAACAGUCCCUUCAAAUGGCGGACCCUACUGUCCUUGGUUCAAAAAGCUCAUUUCAAAUCCAACAACAUCCCCAGGAUAUUGGCAGCUGUCGAGAUGUAUCAGGCAUUGGCCGAGAUAUCAGCUACUCGUGCCGAUACUCUAAAGAAGCUUGCCAGCAUGCUGAAAACAAAUCCAUACCCGACGGUCCGAACUGCAGUUGCCGAAUGUUUGUUCCUCGCGACAAAUGAUCGAGCCUUGAGAGACGUCGACUGGAGCAGACCGUCACGCACGUACAGUCUGAAGGUUGAUGUGCGGUGA